GAGUGGGUGCGGGACAGUGCGCAGCGCCCCGCAGCCAGCCCUCUGCCCCCAACCCCAACGCCGCCGCCGCUGCAGCCUCUGCCCCGACGGGCGCCCCUAGCCGCGGCCGUCGCCCCCGGGUCCAGGUGGCCACCAUGAAGAAGGAGGUGUGCUCUGUGGCUUUCCUCAAGGCUGUGUUCGCUGAGUUCUUAGCCACUCUCAUCUUCGUCUUCUUUGGCCUCGGCUCAGCCCUCAAGUGGCCUUCGGCGCUGCCCUCCAUUCUGCAGAUCUCACUGGCCUUUGGCCUGGCCAUAGCCACCCUUGCCCAGUCCCUGGGGCCUGUGAGCGGUGGCCACAUCAACCCAGCCAUCACCCUGGCCCUCUUGCUGGGCAAUCAGAUCUCCCUGUUCCGGGCUGUCUUCUACGUGGUGGCCCAGCUGGUGGGUGCCAUUGCCGGGGCAGGCAUCCUCUACUGGCUGGCACCACUCAAUGCCCGGGGCAAUCUGGCCGUCAAUGCGCUCAACAACAACACGACCCAGGGCCAGGCCAUGGUGGUAGAGCUGAUUCUGACCUUCCAGCUGGCACUCUGCAUCUUCUCCUCCACCGACUCUCGCCGCACCAGCCCUGUGGGCUCUCCAGCCUUGUCCAUCGGACUGUCUGUCACAUUGGGCCACCUUGUUGGAAUCUACUUCACCGGCUGCUCCAUGAACCCAGCCCGCUCUUUUGGCCCUGCAGUAGUCAUGAAUCGGUUUAGCCCCUCGCACUGGGUCUUCUGGGUGGGGCCCAUCGUGGGGGCUGGCCUGGCUGCCAUCCUCUACUUCUACUUGCUCUUCCCCAAUUCUCUGAGCCUGAGUGAGCGUGUUGCCAUCAUCAAGGGCACAUAUGAGCCUGAAGAGGACUGGGAGGAGCACCGGGAAGAGCGGAAGAAGACCAUGGAACUGACUGCCCGCUGACCAGUGUCAGGCAGGGGCCAGCCCCUCAUCCCCCGGACCACAGGGGGGAAAAAGAAAAAAAAAAAAAGAAUAACAGCAAAGCUUCCUUCCCCGAGGUCGGUCCUAUUGGCUGAGGAGGAGGCGCUGGCUCCCCAGGCUGCACAGCUAGAGAUGGGAGCAGGAACCCAUAAUGGGAUUAUCGGAUUGGGGGCCCGGGGCUGGGGUCUGGUGGGGAGGAGUCUCUCUGGAACAGGGCAGACUGCAGUGCUUUGAGGUCAGACCUCAAAGAUUGUGAAAGCAGGCUCACAGGCUGCCCCAGGCCCGGGCCAGAAAGGGCUGGCCUGCAGUCUGCCUCCCUCACCCUCCCCAGCCCCUCCUCAAGAGCCAUAGGGACCCCAGCCCCUAGGUGGGCAGAGGCAGACCCGCCCUCAGAGCUCCUUAGGAGGAAGACAGACUGGCUCAUUGAGUGCCACCUUAUUUAUUUCCAGUAGAGGAUGGAUGGAGUGGGGCUGCUGGUGUUUGGAGUGGGGGCUUUCCAAUAAACUGCUGAUACUCA